AUGGUUGCAUACGUCUUGCGUAUUUCACAUUUCCAUCAAAGCUCAAAUACCAAAGUUAAAUCCAUGCUCCUUAUGCGAUCAAGAUAUUCUUCGAUCACACUACAAGCAUUCAUGGUGUUAGCCUGUGGGCAUAUACAUCAUCACACUUGUAUCGAGAAUCAUAUCGUACGUACUGAAGCAAAAUGUCCAGCGUGUUCCAUAAUCAUCGAAACUAUUAGGGAGGAAGUAUAUAAAAGAUUGAAAUUGUCAUCUGCUGGUGGCUCUGAUAAUGAGUCUGCGAGGCGUAAAUUAUCUCCGCAAAGUAUGAUCAUUGUGGGGGAUAAUAACGAUAAGGAUGUGGAACUUAUGAGGAAUUUAGGAUUGGUAGAUAAUGCUUCUUUUGCUGGCCAAGAGAAGCAGACGAAUCAAACAACUUCGGAUAAGGAAAAGAAUCCAACUAUUACCACUACGACUACUACUCAAGACCGGUCAACAAGUCCCAUAGCGACUGAGAAGAUGAAAUCACCAAUGCUCAAGCCCGAUCCUCCCGAGAAUCAUCACCACAAAUCCACGUUUCUACCAAAAACGACCAAAGCAGAAAAACGUGCAACUUUUGCCUAUCAAGAUGAGAUCCGGUGUUGGUAUCACUUCGCUGAAAAAUUCGAACAAAAUUUCAAAGACAUUAUGGAUAAUGAUAGCGCGAAACAUUUGGAUUAUGUCGUGAUCCCACUACUCUGGAAAUAG